AUGACCAGUCGCACUGAUUCCAGCAGGCCUAACCUUCGGGUUACAAUUAUCGCAGCCGAUGGACUUUAUAAGAGGGACGUUUUUCGCUUCCCCGACCCUUUUGCUGUCGCGACCAUCAAUGGCGAACAAACCAAAACAACGACUGUCAGCAAAAGGACUUUAAACCCGUACUGGAACGAGAGCUUUGACUUUCGCACCAACGAAGAUGGCAUUCUCGCAGUUCAGGUUUUCGACCAAAAGAAGUUCAAAAAGAAGGACCAGGGAUUCCUAGGAGUCAUCAAUAUUCGCGUUGGAGAUGUCAUACCCGAGCUCAGUCCCGAUGCUGAUGACCAGAUGCUCACACGCGACCUGAAGAAAUCAACCGAUAAUCUCGUCGUUCAUGGCAAGCUUAUUAUUAACCUCUCUUGCAACCUUAGUGCACCCGCUCGUGGCGGCCAGGCAUCGACAGCACGACCAUCUUUAGGCACCGGGCCUUCGAACGCUUCAAACCUUUCCGCCCCCCCACCAGAAAACCGACCAGGAUCUUCGACUUCAGGACCGAACGGCGCAGGCGGCUCACAGGUCAAUUUGGCAAAUCGACCCUCCAGCAUUAACUCUAAUGGCGGCGCCGGCGCUCCAGGACCAAAUGCAUCGGGCCAGACUCGACAAACCAAUCAACUCAGUCCUUUCGAAGAUGCUCAGGGACGCCUACCUGCCGGCUGGGAGCGCCGUGAAGACAACCUAGGCCGUACCUACUAUGUCGAUCACAACACUCGAACGACGAGCUGGAACCGACCUACUGCAACUGGCGCUCAGGAGCAGCGAAAUGACAGAGAGGCAGCUACCCAGGUUGAGCGACAGAGACAUCAGAACCGUACCUUGCCCGAGGAGCGAACCGGUUCCAACUCGCCCACGUUGCAUGCCCAACAGCCGCAACCAGCGGCAUCACCAGCAACUAACGGUGGUGCGGUGAUGCACACUGGAGCGACAAGCCCUGGCACAGGAGAGCUUCCUCCAGGCUGGGAGCAGCGAUGGACCCCUGAAGGCCGACCCUACUUUGUUGAUCACAACACAAGAACGACCACCUGGGUCGAUCCACGCCGCCAACAAUACAUCCGUAUGUAUGGUGGACAGAACAACGCCAACGGCCAAAUUCAACAGCAGCCCGUGUCACAACUUGGUCCUCUGCCCAGUGGUUGGGAAAUGCGCCUUACUAACACUGCUCGCGUCUACUUUGUUGACCACAACACCAAGACUACGACAUGGGACGACCCUCGACUACCCUCAUCUCUCGACCAGAAUGUCCCCCAGUACAAGCGAGACUUCAGGCGAAAGCUCAUUUACUUCCGUUCACAGCCAGCAAUGCGAAUCCUCAGUGGCCAGUGCCACAUCAAGGUUCGACGUUCUCAUAUCUUCGAGGACUCGUUCGCCGAAAUUACACGUCAAUCGGCAACAGACUUGAAGAAACGACUUAUGAUCAAAUUCGAUGGCGAAGACGGUCUGGACUAUGGUGGUCUCUCUCGAGAGUUCUUCUUCCUCCUUUCUCAUGAGAUGUUCAACCCCUUCUACUGUCUAUUCGAAUACUCCGCCCACGAUAAUUACACCCUUCAGAUCAACCCCCACUCCGGCAUCAACCCGGAGCAUCUUAACUAUUUCAAGUUCAUUGGCCGAGUUGUCGGCUUGGCUAUUUUCCACAGACGCUUUUUGGACGCAUUCUUUAUCGGCGCUCUAUACAAGAUGAUGCUCGGCAAGGCGGUAUCCCUCGCAGAUAUGGAGGGUGUCGACGCAGACUUCCACCGAUCCCUGCAGUGGAUGUUGGAUAACGAUAUUUCCGGAGGUAUUCUGGAACAGACUUUCUCGACUGAAGACGAGAGAUUUGGAGUUUUGACAACCGAGGACCUCAUCCCUGGCGGCCGUGACAUCGAAGUCACCAACGAGAACAAGAAGGAAUAUGUUGAUUUAAUGGUCAAGUGGCGAAUUGAGAAGCGUAUCGCUGAGCAGUUCCAAGCUUUCAAGGAGGGCUUCCAAGAGCUCAUUCCCCAGGAUCUUAUCAACGUCUUCGAUGAGCGUGAGCUUGAGCUCCUCAUCGGAGGUAUUGCGGAGAUUGAUGUCGACGACUGGAAGAAGCACACCGAUUAUCGAGGAUAUACCGAAUCCGAUGAGGUUGUGCAGAACUUUUGGGCGACAGUGCGAUCUUGGGACGGAGAACAGAAAUCGCGUCUGUUGCAGUUUACUACUGGAACAUCUCGAAUUCCUGUCAACGGAUUCAAGGAUCUUCAGGGCAGUGAUGGUCCACGAAGAUUUACUAUUGAAAAGGCGGGAGAAAUUACUAAUCUGCCAAAGGCACACACUUGUUUCAACCGACUCGAUUUGCCACCUUAUAAGAGUCUAGAAAUGCUUCAGCAGAAGCUCACGAUCGCCGUUGAAGAGACCAUGGGUUUCGGCCAAGAGUAG